AUGUCGCGACACAUUUACAUUCGCAACAAGAUUGGAGAGGGCAUCCAGGCUCCCAUCUUCCACGUGAACAGAGGCACCUACUCUCGCAGGAGUCGUCUGAAACGCUCUGACGGAAGCACAACCUCCACCAGCUUCAUCCUCAGACAGAUUCCGAGGCGAGAGAGAUCAGAGCGAGACCAGAGAGACCCCAGAGAGAUACCAGAGAGAGGUCUGAGAUUGACCCAAGAGAGACCAGAGGGCUCCGCGGACUCUUACACCAGCCGACCCUCAGACUCCGAUGUCUCUCUGGAGGAGGAGCGAGACCUGGUCCAGGCCCCGGUCCAGGCCCAGAGUCCGGCCCAGAUCCAGGGUCCAGGACAGAGCCGGCAGGAGAGAGAGCAGCAAGCCGCCGUACAGCUGGAGAGAGCCAAGACGAAACCUGUGGCGUUCGCCGUCAGAACAAACGUGAGCUACUGCGGUGCUCUGGACGAGGAUGUGCCAGUCCCUGCAACCGCCAUCUCCUUCGAUGCCAAGGACUUUCUGCACAUCAAAGAGAAGUUCAACAACGACUGGUGGAUUGGGCGCCUGGUGAAGGAGGGCUGUGAGAUCGGCUUCAUCCCGAGUCCUCUCAAACUGGAAAACAUCCGGAUGCAGCAGGAGCAGAAGAGGGGACGAGUGCAAGGUAAGUCUGGGGGGAACUCUUCUUCCAGUGUAGAGGACGAGGUCUCUGCUUCUAUCAGGCCGCUCAUAUCCUCCACAGGUGAGGGGCCAGGGUCUGGGGGGGGGGGGGGGGGGGGGGAGGCUAGUAGAGGGCGCAGGCUUCAGAGACCCACGCCCCGAGCUGAUCCGCCGUCACAAUGGAAGCAGAAGCAGAAAGUGACAGAGCAUGUCCCACCUUAUGACGUCGUCCCCUCCAUGAGACCUGUGGUUCUGGUGGGCCCCUCCCUCAAAGGAUACGAGGUCACAGACAUGAUGCAGAAAGCUCUCUUCGACUUCCUCAAACACAGAUUCGACGGGAGGAUUUCCAUCACUCGCGUCACGGCCGACAUUUCUUUAGCCAAACGCUCGGUUCUCAACAACCCAAGCAAACGAGCCAUCAUCGAACGCUCCAACACACGCUCCAGCCUUGCUGAAGUGCAGAGCGAGAUCGAGCGGAUCUUCGAGUUGGCGCGGUCUCUGCAGCUCGUGGUCCUGGACGCAGACACCAUUAACCACCCAGCUCAGCUCCUCAAGACCUCUCUGGCCCCCAUCAUCGUCCACGUCAAAGUAUCCUCUCCAAAGGUGCUGCAGCGGUUGGUGAAGUCCAGAGGGAAAAGUCAGAGCAAACAUCUCAAUGUGCAACUAGUGGCUGCAGACAAACUGGCUCAAUGUCCACCGGAGAUGUUUGAUGUAAUCCUGGACGAGAACCAGCUAGAGGACGCAUGUGAACACUUGGCAGAGUAUUUGGAGGCAUACUGGAAGGCUACACACACCUCAAUGGCCACGCCCCUCAACCCUUUGAUGGGACGAAACAUCGCCCCCACCAACAACACACAGUACUCCGCCAACAUGACCGGACUGCAGCAGCAGAAAACCUCGCGGCCUCAGAACAACCACACUGGGGACCACUCGACCCCCAACGAGCGGCGUAACCUCAUGACAUCCGACGAGAACUACCACAACGACCGCACGCACAAGGGAAACCGUGCCAACCGGGUGUCCACAGGCUCGCAACACAGCCGGGACCAGAGCGAGUCCUACCAAGACCAAUACCAAGACCAAUACCAAGACCAGUACCAGGACCCCUACCAAGACUCUUACAAACCGCAUAGGAACCGCAGCUCGCCGGGCAGUUACAGCCAUGAUUCCAGGCAUCGACUCUGA